CUUCAGCGCCGCGGUCGUUACACCCACCGUCGACCGUCGACGUACUCCGUACAGGACUAACGAUAACUGCUAAACCUCGCCUCGGUCCGCCUGAGGUCACCUUCGCACCGUUACCAAAACUUCGCCUUGGGAGAAGCACUCGAGGAGUCCAUGCCGUGCUAACAAGUUGACAGCUUGGUACUCGAGGGACUCGUGGGUCAAUCCGACUUGUUCUGUCUGGUCAAGCGACGCAGGGCCAGCAAAGAUGUCCGUCAGACAGCGAAAGCGAUCCUCGGACCAGGACUCGCGCAGCUCAAUUUCCAACAGGCGCAAACGCUCCAAUUCGAGUGGCACCCAAAAGAGUACCGGAACCGGAGAUAGCUCCGACGGUUACGCAUUUGACACAGAUGAAGAAUUUACGUCCAUCAGACUCGGUGAUGUCUUCAAUCUGGAUCCAAGACCAAAUUUCGCCCUGAGACUGGACGCUGAUUUUGAUGCUCCUUUUGAGCCUGUUUUCAUCAAUGAUGCCCUUAGAACCGAUCACCAGCUGAUGAAAGCAAUGCCAUUUAAACACAGAAAGACUACCAUCUCUCAACCUGCGCUCAAACUGCCUAGUACAGAUUUCAGAUCUUGGAUCAGAGAUGUGGUCCAACUGGUCAACACCGACCCAUCCUGUGCUUACGGUGGAGUUCUGUGGACGGGCAUCCUGGUUCGAAAGCAGUGGAUCAUCAUUAGCGGUGAUCAUGUCACCAGCAAUCAACCCGUACUCAUGGAAACACAAGCUAACGCGAAUGCCUUGCUCAACACCGAACCAGCCCCGUACGCGGCUUCCUUUAAUACGCCAGGAACUCCAGAUUGGACCGUCGAUCAUCCCGAAGGCCAGCUCUCAUCUCAUGUCAUAUUUGCUAGAAGCAUCGAUUGGGCAGCUACCCCAUUAGGUGACAUGUCUACGUGGUCUGCUGAAUUCCGUCAAAUCGCAAAUCUUCUUAUGAGCAACCCUCAUCCGUGUGCUCUCUUUUGGGGCGACGAGUUGACUGUAAUCUAUAACAAAGCAUAUGCAGAAGGAGUUGCUGGUAACAAACACCCAAGUCUGAUGGGCACUGGUUUCCGAGGCCCUUUUUCUGAGCUUUGGGAUAUGGUUAGUGCAAUCUUUGACAAUUGUCGUCAAACCGGAAAGUCUGUGGCUGUGACGGAGCAAAUGUUACCAAUUGAGAGAUAUGGUUUCCUCGAAGAGACAUUCUAUACCUGGUCUAUCACUCCUCUUUAUGGCGGUACGAAGGAGAUCCAAGGAUUAUACAAUGCUCCAUUUGAAACCACUAAGCAAACCCGUGGAACUAGAGCCAUGAAGACACUUCUGAGACUUGGGCAGGAGACCGCUCUCGCUACUACUGUUUCUACCUUCUGGCCCAAGAUCCUUUCGGGACUAGAAGAGAAUCGAUUUGACUUCCCUUUCGCAAUCUUAUAUUCAGUAGCAGAGGACGUCGAGGAAGAAAGUAUGUCACAGUGCUCUGAAAAUUCGCAGACAUUCAAGACCUGUGCCUUGGAAGGAACACUCGGUGUACCGGAUGGACACCCUGCUACGCCAAGGCGAUUAGAUUUAAAGCGAUCUAAAGGCGGAUUCGUGCCUGCCUUUCGAGACGCACUUCAGACCCGAGAGCCAACGCUGCUUAGUAUAAAAGAUGGAACCUUAUCGGAAGCUCUGAUUGAUGGGUUCCAAUGGAGAGGAUUUCCUGAGCAAUGUAGAGAGGCUCUGGUUUGUCCGAUUCGUCCAACGACUGGUGAGAACGUGAUCGGCUUCUUGGUUGUUGGUGUCAACCCUCGACGACCAUUCGACGAUGACUAUCAAUCUUUCAUUCAACUUCUUAACAUUCAAUUGGCAACGUCAUUAGCAUCAACGACGCUCUUAGAAGCAGAAGUUAAUCGAGGUCUUACGGAAGCUGAAGCUGCUGCUUUGGAGCGAGCCCGUCUGUCGGCAGAAUUAGCAACACAGAAGAAUCGUAUGCAACGCAUAGCUGAGAAUUCUCGAGUUGGCAUGUUCUCUAUCGAUGCUGUAGGCCUGCUGUUGGAGGGCAAUGAAAGCUGGUUUGGGAUGACUGGCCACUCCAGAGACAAGAUAUUCGCCAUGUCAUGGAUAGAGACGGUUCACGAGGAUUCUAUGCAGGAAGCAAGGCAAGGCUGGAAGAUCAUGACACAAGAGCAGGUCAUUUGGUCAGCAGAACUGCGAUUGAAGAAACCCGCUAUUGAUGACAAGACUGGCGAAGAGUUGGAGAACUGGAUCAUUGCCGACUGUCUGCCAGAAUUCGACGCGCAAGGAACAUUCACAGGUGUUACGGGCAGCACCACUGAUAUCUCCAAGAUCAAAUGGGUUGAUCGACUACAGGCUCGCAAGCUUCAAGAAGCUGAGGAGACCAGAAGAGCACAAAACAACUUCAUUGAUAUCACUUCUCACGAGAUGCGAAAUCCUCUCAGCGCAAUCCUGCAAUGUGCUGACGGUAUCGCGACAUCGCUGGCAGAAGCUAUGGAGAAUCUAGACAUCAAUCGUAAAGUGAUCGAGCUUGGGAGGGGGAGGGUUGUUGAGAACCUCAAGGAAAGUAUUUCUAGCGCCGAGACCAUUCAGCUUUGUGCUCAGCAUCAGAAAUCUAUCGUUGAUGACAUCCUCACUAUAUCAAAACUGGAUUCCAACCUUCUCCUCAUUACUCCGGUUCCGGUUCAACCCGUCGAGAUCGUGAGACAGGCUUUACAAAUGUUUGCCGUAGAGUGUCAGAAAGUCCAUGAUAUCAAGAUGCGAUUCCUCGUCGAUCCGUCAUUCGAAAUCCUAGGAGUCGAUUUUGUGAUGCUCGAUUCAUCUCGAUUGUUACAGAUUUUAAUCAACCUCAUGACAAACGCCAUCAAAUUUACAAAGACCGCCCCAUUCAAGACGAUCGAUGUCUCUAUUGGCGCUCAUCUUGAGCCUCCCAUUGAGAAGCUUUCAGGCUUCGAGUACUUUCCUACAAAGAAGGCGAGAUCUGAUGUUACUGCAUCUGGCGAUUGGGGCACUGGGGAUGUCAUUUAUUUGAGUUUUGAGGUCAAAGAUAGCGGCUGUGGCCUCACAGCGGAGGAAAAGAAGAAAUUAUUCAACCGAUUCUCGCAGGCUUCACCACGAACCCAUGUGCAGUAUGGUGGAAGUGGCUUAGGCCUUUUCAUAUCUCGACAACUGACCGAACUUCAAGGAGGUGAAAUUGGAGUAGCUUCCGAAGCUGGUGUCGGAUCGACCUUCGCGUUUUACGUCAAAGCUCGACGCGCAGAAAGCCAACAGAAUAACACGGAGAUACAAAAACGAUUGAGCUCAGAGAUUCAGUCUAAUGCACGACUCGCUAGCACAUCUCCUCAGAGUGCCAAGGAUCAUGCAGCGUCAAUUUCCACACUCGUACAUCUAACGGGCAUGGCGGAGUCCUCGACACAAUCCACUUCAUUCACAAACUUUGGACCAGAGAACUGGCACGUCCUAAUUGUAGAAGACAAUCUAGUCAACCAAAAGAUCCUAGCACAACAGAUCCGCAAACUCGGCAGCAACGUCUCAGUCGCAAACCACGGUCAAGAAGCCCUUGAUCUCAUCAAAGAAACCAAGCAUUACAGAGGCCGAGAAGCAGACGGCAAAGACCUCUCGGUCAUACUGAUGGAUCUCGAAAUGCCCGUAAUGGACGGCCUGACCUGCGUCCGCAAGAUCCGUGAAAUGGAAGCAGAGGGCCUCCUCCUCCGUCAUCUGCCUAUCAUCGCGGUUACAGCGAACGCGAGAGGAGAGCAGAUUGCGCAUGCGAAGGAUUCCGGGAUGGAUGAUGUUAUGCCGAAACCAUUCCGGAUUUUGCAGAUCAGGGCGAAGAUUGAGAUGUUGUUGGCGAAGAUGGGUGCUUUUUAAGUACUGAAUGAUAGAUACGAAAUCACGAAUGAUAUGAAGGAGAACGAGAACGAGAAAGAAGACGGAAGAUGAUCAUGCAUCAAUAUGGCGCUGGGGUCUUUGUAAAAAGGCAUAGCAUUAGACGGCGCAUUUCUUCGGGCGUUGGUGUUUGAUU